GGUGGCUGAUAUCUGUCACUGCGACAACAUCAGCAAGGUGUCACUGACUUCAGAUCCAAGCUGUCACCUUUUCUUCAACCUUGCCAGCGAGAGGUGGCGUCCCCGUUGGAUUACCUGCCCAUCGACGAUGCGAAACCAGUGCUCCUUCAGAAGCUAACGAAAACGGCCAUUCUUCAUUUCUCUCUUGUGACUGGGUGGAGGGCUUGCUUGACUGGUGAGAGCAAGCUGAAAGGUCAAAGGUUGUGAGGGUGGAGCCUGAUGGAUCAUGGUGGUCAGUUGGACAAUGAGGGCGAUGAGGGCAAAGUAAUGUCACAAGUUGUGGUUGCUGAGGACGACUGUUGUGACAACAAACCCCACCCCGAACCUCACACUGCCCAACCUCAAAAUCUCAACGAGAUCAACCCAGCCACUCGGAUUGAACAGACGUCAGCUCUACAAAAUGAUUUCGGAGCUGGACUCCCCUUGAAAGCAUCUCUCAACAACAAUGGGGAGAACAAGGAGGAAUUGGAGAGACACAAAAGUGCAAGCAAUGAAGAAGAACAGGAUACUGAUGAGCUGAUGAAGGAUGAAGAGGAGGAAUCAGAGGCAUCAAGUUGCCAAAUGCACUGCCAGUUUCCAGAUACACCCAUGAGUGAUUCCUCCUAUUCAGAAACAGGAAGUCUGCUGGAGAAUCCUUUCAGUCCUGGGACGAGUCCAGAGCCUACAUCCCCUGUCCUCCAGGAAACAUCAUGUCCCAUCAGCCGGUUGGAACUGGGCCGGAGUGAAGUGGACUUUGGUGGGCUUGCGUCCAGCACACCAGGACAUGCCUUCAUCACAGGGCCCGUGCUGUCUUCUCAUCUAUCUUUAACUUCAGACACAGGCCUGAGUUGCACUGAUGGACCUGAACAUAUCUCAGCAACGACUGCCAGAAAUGCACACUCCACUUCAGAACCUCUUACCGCUUCCUCUCCCCCCUUUGAAGGGCUCGCAUGCCCUAGUCUAUCUGACCUUCACUUGGAGACGACAUCCGUCAUGAAGCCCAUUACUUCCGACGCAUAUAAUAGCCAAACAGCACAGCCCUUUGCCGCCCCUACAGGGCAUACAACGACUGGUGCGCACUCCACUUCUCAAAUGACACCUAUACACACAGAUCCGUAUACUUCCUCUUCAGUGCCCACCAUAAGGCCCAUCUCUACUCUGAUGGCUUCCCUGGAACAGUUGGCCAAGAGCGGAGAUGAUACUUGCCUUCCACAAGACCUUCAUCAGAUUGCCGAGGCCUCUGUCCAUCAUGAAGAUUACCAGUUGGCUUUAGAGUGCAUUCAACUGGAGAGGCUGUAUCACCAGAGAGUGUUGGACAACCUAAAUGCUCUCCAGAAACAGUGGGAAAGUCGGUGUACAAGAAGUUCGCCUAGCCUAGAAGCCCGACAUCUGGACACUCUCAGAGACAUCUGCCAGACACACACCCGACCAAACGCAUCAGAUGUAGCGUCUGCAUCUCUGGGCUUCUUAAGUCCCCUGCUUGAACAAGGAGAUGCAUUACCUCCAUCAGCCCGUCACGCUGAAGGGAGGAUGGAGAAUAGAGCCGAAGACUCCUCCUGUCCACAGACCGUCCAUCUACUCACACCCUCCAUUCAUCUGUCACAUGGACUCGAUUACCCCGACAAAAAGGAUAGGGAAUCCCCUGAAUGCAAUUUAGAAGGGACGGAUGGUUUCCAUGGGACUGAGCGGGCUGAGGAGGAGGCCAGUGGCAGAGAGCAAGGGGAGUGUCCGGAACACACCACUCCAGCCCUGAGAGAUGUGUUACACCCCUCUGAAGCUGGACAAAUGGAUCAGACCAAACCCGCAGAGCAGCAGGGUGGAGAUUUAGGUUCGACACAGGAAAAGGAGGUGAAUAGGGAAGGCGAGCGGAGCAAUGUAGGAGAGGCAGCAGAGCCGCUGAUGAUGGAAGAUGAGACUGAAGAAGAAGAGGGCGAGGGAGGGACGAAAGCAGUCAGUGGGUUAGAUGUGCAGGUGGAACAUCUGCACCAGGAAACUCAAGUGGCAGAAAAAGAAGAGAUUUGUCAAGAGAUCAAGGGAGGAAAUAAAAGCAGCCUGCAGAAGGAUGAUGAUGAUGCCCACCUUCCUCAAGAGGCUUUUCUGAAACACCCCAAGCGGGGCAGCGAGGAAGAGGAGGAGGAGGAGGACGAAUACGAGGCUGAGCGGGCUGAUUUCUUCCCAGAAGCGAUCACACUGGACGACAUGGCAAAACUCAUCACUGUCGAGGAGAUAUCUCCUGCCUCUGGCCUCAUCUCCAUCUUGAAGAAGAGGAAUAUGCCUACCGACAAUUUUAGUAUGUCUGCUAGUCCGGAGUCCAGGUCCAACAAACCCACGACCAAAAGACGGGUCCGCUUCAAAGUAGCAGAUGAUGGCUUUGAUAGUGAUGUUGGUGGCAGAGACUCCUGCCUGCUUAGCGGUGUGUAUAAAAGGGGGAGAAAACAUAUUCAAUUGUUGAUAUUUUUUGUUAGUUUUUUUGCUCAAGAGUUUGUAUAUAUGUGUUUACAGUCUGCAUCUCUGGGCUUCUUAAGUCCCCUGCUUGAACAAGGAGAUGCAUUACCUCCAUCAGCCCGUCACGCUGAAGGGAGGAUGGAGAAUAGAGCCGAAGACUCCUCCUGUCCACAGACCGUCCAUCUACUCACACCCUCCAUUCAUCUGUCACAUGGACUCGAUUACCCCGACAAAAAGGAUAGGGAAUCCCCUGAAUGCAAUUUAGAAGGGACGGAUGGUUUCCAUGGGACUGAGCGGGCUGAGGAGGAGGCCAGUGGCAGAGAGCAAGGGGAGUGUCCGGAACACACCACUCCAGCCCUGAGAGAUGUGUUACACCCCUCUGAAGCUGGACAAAUGGAUCAGACCAAACCCGCAGAGCAGCAGGGUGGAGAUUUAGGUUCGACACAGGAAAAGGAGGUGAAUAGGGAAGGCGAGCGGAGCAAUGUAGGAGAGGCAGCAGAGCCGCUGAUGAUGGAAGAUGAGACUGAAGAAGAAGAGGGCGAGGGAGGGACGAAAGCAGUCAGUGGGUUAGAUGUGCAGGUGGAACAUCUGCACCAGGAAACUCAAGUGGCAGAAAAAGAAGAGAUUUGUCAAGAGAUCAAGGGAGGAAAUAAAAGCAGCCUGCAGAAGGAUGAUGAUGAUGCCCACCUUCCUCAAGAGGCUUUUCUGAAACACCCCAAGCGGGGCAGCGAGGAAGAGGAGGAGGAGGAGGACGAAUACGAGGCUGAGCGGGCUGAUUUCUUCCCAGAAGCGAUCACACUGGACGACAUGGCAAAACUCAUCACUGUCGAGGAGAUAUCUCCUGCCUCUGGCCUCAUCUCCAUCUUGAAGAAGAGGAAUAUGCCUACCGACAAUUUUAGUAUGUCUGCUAGUCCGGAGUCCAGGUCCAACAAACCCACGACCAAAAGACGGGUCCGCUUCAAAGUAGCAGAUGAUGGCUUUGAUAGUGAUGUUGGUGGCAGAGACUCCUGCCUGCUACUCUUUCUGCUUUGUCUGGUUACUGUGGUGAUCAGCAUGGGCGGCACCACCCUUUACUGUGCUCUGGGUGACGUGCACUCCUCUGUAUGCCAGGACUUUUCCAGAAAUGUGGACUUUUACUUUGGACAGGUGCAACGCGCAGUAGCUCAGAUCCAUCAGUGGUUAGGCCCGAGUUCGACAUAACGGCUCGUCAAAAAAGGGACAGACAACAAUCUACUUCGUACAGGUCAGUGUCAUCCAGGAAAUGAGAGAAGUGGGGACAUGUCAGGACCCCCAGAGUUAAGAAAUCUACCAAGACUGGAUCCAUACUUCUCACUGGCCUCACUCAAGAUCACAGGAAUAACAACUGACACUGCAGUCAGGUGUUUUAAGGGGGAAAAAAAAAGGUUUUAACCGGAGGGCUCCAACGUGCUCUCUACACAUGCUGCACAAAUAACGGCCUCAUGGGCAUUUUGCAAACCGUUGCAACCUCCAGGGUUGCUUUUAUGAACUUGUAUUUUUUUUGUCUAAUCACAAAUGAAAAAAAAAAUCGUGCAUUGCUAAAAUCUUAAUCAUGUCUUAACACGCUGAAUGAAUGUUUUCAGUCAUAUGUAAGGCAUUUACGCAAUCUUCAAGUUUUCUUUUUAAUCGAAAUUGAGCUGUUGCCGGACCACAGACAAUUUACGGCAAAUGACACUGUUCUUCAGCUAUGCAUUGUUCGACCACUUGGCAGUGUGUUCCACUUGUACUUUUAUAAACUGAUCUAAAACUUACAGCUACAGGAAUGUUUAACAUGACUGGUACGAUUUGUUAUGUUGUUGUAAUAUUGCAAUAUUAUCCUCAGACUAGAGACCUCUUGCAACUAAUACUUAUUCAAUAUCUGUGUGAUGUUAUGUAGCAUUGUGUCUGCCCAGUUGGGUCUUUGCAUCUCAGGAUUUCUGGGGAGCAUCCUCAUUGUCGAGAGCCACUGCUGUUUUGUUUCCCCAAAUUUGAAAGUUUCUUUACCCUUUGGGUGGAGAGCUUUUCUUCAACAUUCAAUUUUGAUUAUUAAAGCGUUUCUGCAUCCGGUAUCUAUACAUGUCCUGUUGCAUGUUGUGUCGGAUGCCCGCAAACAGGCUGAAAAUAUAAAAUACUGUAAAGUUAUAGUUUUCACACAUCAGAGGCGCUUCCAUGCCGUGUCUUAUAUGCAUUAUGAAUCGUCUUAGAUUAAAGCAGUAUUAUCAAAAGUUCACAUCAUGAGGUAAAGCAUUGUAGAUUCCUUCUUGUUUUUAUUUGCACGAGUCGUCUGGCUGGCUCAGAUGACUCAGAAAAUGUUGUUUAAUUGUUUCUUAAUUUAUGACUCAACAGAUGCAAACAUUUUGAUCACUUUGAUCAUUUUCCUCACUUAAUUGUUGUUGCACAUUAGAGAAGCUUCUAAUCUUUCAUGAUGGCAUUACUCAUCGAGCUACUUUAUCUUGUAAUCAUUGCUUUUUAACAGCACGUGUAAUUUGUUUGUUUGUUUGUUUGUUUUUUACUUUUCUACCAGGCAGGUCACAUUAUUGUCACAUUAGAUAAUCAUGUUCGUCUUCUCUUAUGAGCAUAAAUGUACAAAAAGAGCAAAAUGGCAAUGUGUAUCAUUAAGUUCUGCGUGACACUCAUGAGCUGACGACAGCCAUGUUCACUUUGGUCUGAAAAUUUGUGGAUGUCCCACGUUAAAACGAAAAGAGACAGUCUCAAUAUGUUGAGAAUUUGUGUUGAAAGAAAUACAUUUAAAAAAGUCAUGUAACGGUAAAUGUCUUUGUUGCCUGCAGAUUUUAAUGUAAAACACGAUCUGAACUUUUCUAUUUUGUAUUUUCUUUUAAUGAAAUCUUAACAAAGCAUUGUUUCCAAUCAAAUCACUGAGGUUUGAGCUUGGGGAGAAAAAAAAAUCUUUGGUACCUGUUCAUGUCUAACCUGAAGUAAAGUCUGGGGUUGAAACAUGGA